AUGACAUUGGCAUCCCCUUCUUCUCAUGGCUUCUCAGGCCCUAUCAAUCUCGGCAAGCUCAUACUGCACUUUAUGCAAUCCAAAACACUCCUCCCCAUGACGAUGGAAGAUGCAUAUGCAAACAACAUCGGACUGCAGGAGUUUGACCUCUAUCAUAAUCUCCCAUUCAUGAUGCAACUACAGCUGGUUGUCUUUGCGGGAAUUAAACGCCUCCCCUCCAGCCAAGAAGCCGCCGUCGAGCAUCAAAUCCUGGACUGUCUUGCUCGCAUGGUCUACGGAUCAAAUAUGAUUGAGCAUGCUGGACGUGAUCUCGAUAUUACGCUCAAGCUCUGCCUCGCAACAUUUGGCGGCGAGGAAAUACCCGAGGACAUCGGGGAAACCAACGAAGAAUUUUUGGCUUUGAAGCAGCAUCUCAUGCAACAAAACCUCCCAUCGAAUACUUCAAAAGUUCUACGCAGUCGUAACGAAAUUGUACAACACGCCAAAGCAGCUGCAUUUAUAAUCAGCCAGCUGUGUGUUCACGGCGCGAAUUUGAGCGAGGAGAUCAUUCUAGAAACCCAUCGCAUUCUCACAUACAAAGUUGAUGCCGAAAACGCCCCAUGGGCGGAAUAUGGUGGUGUUUAUCGCUUGGCGGAAGUUAGUGUCGGGCUGCGUGCAUUUCCCCAUCCCUCCCUCGUCCCAUACAAGAUGAGUGGAAUGAUCCGUGAACUGCAAUCCGACCUCAAAGAAGCUGUGGACGAUGGGACAAUCGAUGCUAUUGCUCUGGCCGCAAAAUACACCCACAUCUUCGCCAACAUCCAUCCAUUCAUUGAUGGUAACGGCCGUAUGUGUCGCUUGAUUCUGAAUGCGUUACUAAUCAAGCUUGGAAGCGUCCUCGUUUGCAUCGGCGAAGAUGAAACUGACCGUUCGACCUAUCUGGAUAUCAACGCGAAUGCGGGAGCGCUGGAAGACAUGUAUGAGGAUGCCGAGGAAGACGAGAAGCCCAAACUCUACAAAGAGCUGGCAACAUUCACUUUGGCUCAUGUGCAUAAGAUUAUGAUGAAGUUGAACAGGGUUACGUAG